AUGAAGGCGCUGGCCAAGGCUAAGAAGGGAAGCAAAAAGGAGGGGGGCCCCCAGGGCUUGGGGGCCCCCAGGGGCCCCGGGGAAGGGGCAGGGGGGCCCCCCAAAAAGGGUACAGGGGCCCCCAAAAAGGGCGGGGGCCCCCCAAAAAAGGGUUCAGGGGCCCCCGGCGUUUCUGCUGCUGCUGCUGCAGCAGCCGAGGCCAAAAGGAGACACGAAGAAGAGGAGGAGUCGGGGGCCUCCACAGCGAGCGACGCAUGGGAAAGUGAAGAAGAAGGAGAAGAAGGCGAAGAAAAGCUGCAGAUUUUUUCGGAGGCAGAGAGCAGCGCGGAAGAAGAGCCUGAGGGUUCUGUGGAGUCUUCUGAAGACGAGAGCGAGGAGGGCCCCCCGGGGCCCCCGGGCGGAGGGGACUCUUCAGAUUCAGAAGAAGAACAAGCUGAGGCCUACGUGUCUGGAGCUGAAGUGCGGCAGCUGCCGCUGGUGGACUUGGAAGCAGUUAAGGCCCGCAUGGAGAAUACCGUUCGAACCCAAACUGCACCACGGGGGGCCCCCGGGGCGCCCCCAGGGGGCCCCCAGGGGGCCCCCAGGGGGCGCCCCAGGGGGCCCCCAGGGGGCCCCCAGGGGGCCCCCAGGGGGGGCCCCAGGGGGCCCCCAGGGGGCCCCCAGGGGGCCCCCGGGGGCCCCAGGGGGGUUCCCCUCUUUCUAGGAGGCACCCCUUGA